CCACCACCGUCGCCGGCCGCAUUCCGCCUAUCAAGUGGCCGCAGAAAAUAACCUUUAGCCUCGAUCUGCUCCUUGCUUCGCGUCAUCGCGUACCGGACGGCUCAAAUUCGUACAAUGGGGGAUGUGGGUAAGGAUCAUCUCCGUUUUCACCCUCACUUAUUAGUCCUCUGUCUGCCGCUGCGGUUGAUGAUCAUGGAUCUUCACCUCUUUUCCUGUUCGUCGCUGUGUGGUAGACGACCAGUCCUACAAUGUCGCAGCCAGAUGUGCCCAUAACGAGUGACAAGCAGACUGCAGAGGCAGCCCUGUUCACAUCACAGACACCUCCUGCGCAAAGACAUGGCGAACCGAAGCCGAAAGGGUCAUUAUGGCAAAAGGCAUAUGGCUAUUUCACCUAUACGCCUAAACAAUGUCGAUAUGACCCUGACAAGCCCUUCCAAUUCUCUAUGAGCUUGAACCUGCUGUUCGGUAAGUCCUCACCUCUCUGCCGGCCAGUAAUGAGAUUGACAAUUGUCGCUGAAGCAUUCGCUGGAUGUUUUACCGUCGCCAACUUAUAUUACACUCACCCGAUCCUGAACCUCCUGGCCGAGGAUUUCCAUGUUACCAACGAACAAUCGUCUUACAUUCCUACCCUCGCGCAGGCAGGUUAUGCAGGCGGCCUGCUGUUCCUUUGCCCUGUUGGCGACCUGAUUAAGAGGAGGCCGUUCGUGCUCUGGCUGGUCUGGUUUACGGCUACAUUAUGGAUCGGUCUCUGCAUUACCAAGUCCUUCGCUGCGUUUGGCGCGAUUACCUUCAUCACGAGUGUCACCACGGUCACGCCACAGUUGAUGUUGCCCUUGGUAGGCGACAUGGCGCCUCCGCAUCGUCGAUCGACUGCCCUGUCUAUUGUUGUGUCUGGCAUGUUGCUCGGCAUGCUAAUGGCUCGUCUCCUGUCAGGUGUGGUCGCUCAAUUCAUCGGGUGGCGGUACAUAUACUGGAUAUCAUUCGGCCUGCAAUACCUCAUCUUGAUCCUACUGUGGCUCUUUAUGCCCGAUUAUCCUUCGAAGAAUCCAGAUGAGAAAAUCUUGAAGAAAUACCCGUUUCUUCUCUGGGACAUUGUCAAACUGGUGGCCAAAUAUCCUGUCUUGGUACAAGCAUGUCUUGUCGGAUUGUUUACCGCUACCAUCUUCACUAGCUACUGGACCACACUGACUUUCUUACUCGCUGGAGCACCGUAUCAUUACGACAGCCUGGUCAUUGGUCUAUUUGCGCUGAUCGGCAUCGGUUCUAUGACUUGGGGGCCUAUUUUUGCGCGAACGUUCAUGGAGAAACACCAACCUUUGCUAUCCGUCAUGAUCGGCGAGAUAAUCUGUUUGGCCGGGGUGAUUGUCGGAACGUAUACCGGCAAGCACACGAUCGCUGGGCCUAUUCUCCAGGCUGUCGCCAUCGAUAUCGGCUUACAGACCAGCCAAAUCGCUAACCGGACCGCCAUAUACGCUGUGGCGCCUCUGUCACGGAACAGGGUCAAUACGGCGUACAUGGUCAGCGUUUUUGUUGGACAGCUGAUCGGUACAGCUGUAGGGAAUCGUUUGUACGCUCGAGGUGGGUGGACCUCUUCGGGCUCGGCGAGUGUUGGAUUUGUCGCCUUUGCUCUGUUGGUUUGCUUUUUGAGAGGGCCCCAUGAGAAGGGCUGGAUUGGCUGGCGAGGUGGGUAUGAUAUGAGCAAGAAGACGCCGAAGAAGCCUGGGCCAAACGACCCUGAAAACGGUCCGACUCAGGAAGGCAUGCAACCCGUUGCUCAGGACGGUGCCGAAGCAAACCAACAAGAAAAGGAAUUGCAGGUCGAGCUUCAGGGAAGCCAAGAUGUCGCUGCUGAUAGUUCGAGGUCGUCUCAGAGGACCCUGGGCGAAGAGAUCCAGGAGGAGAAGAGGUGAGGGUGGCUCAAAGGCCAUUUCCAUCAUAUAUAUUCAAAUCGUCCAUACAGAACGGCACAGCUUUUGUCAUACUGACUGGCAGGUCUGUUCUCUGCAGUUUUACAGGCCAGACGAGCAGCAAUACUCCAGGAGCAAGCCUGCC